AUGAAAAGUGAACUGGUAUUGUUGGCUUUAGCUGCCGUUGUUGCCUCCGCGACAGCUGGCAAACUUCUUGGAGCUGGUAUUAGUGGUGAUGUAUCACUCGGUCUCCAACUUGCCAAGGGAGGAGCUGGUGUUCACCGUUUUAAUGUUGGAUCCGACACGUCUGCCGAUGUCAAUGCUGGAAAGACAGUCAACAUUGAAGGAGGAGCCAAUCUUGUGGCAAAUGACCAUAAACAAGGCAGUUUGGGCACCGGCAUCAGUGUAGGGUUGAGCGCAGAUGUCAACGCUGAAAAGAAAAUUAAUGUUGGUGGCGGAAAAAAUCUGGGAAAUCAAGGUGAUCUGAGUGUGGGUGUCAGUGGUGAAUCAGACGAAUCUGCUAGCGUCAGUACUCAGAAAAAAGUUGAAAUUGGUGGCGGAGCAAAUCUGGGACAUCAAGGUGAUCUGAGUUUGGGUGUCAGUGGUGAAUCAGACGAAUCUGCUAGCGUCAGUACCCAGAAAAAAGUUGAAAUUGGUGGCGGAUCAAACGUAGGUCACAACAAACAAGGCAGUUUAGGCAUCGGCAUUAAUCUAGGGUUAGGCGCGGAUGUCAACGCUGAAAAGAAAGUUAACGUUGAUGUUGGAUCUAAUCUAGGACAUGAAGGUGGUUUGAUUGCGGGUGUCAGUGGUGGAUCAGAUAAAUCUGCUAACGUCAAUACUCAGAAAAAAGUUCAAAUUACGAGUGGUUCGAAUGUAGGACAUAAAGGUGGUUUGAAUGUUGGUGUCAGUGGUGGAUCAGACACAUCUGCUGGUGUCAAUGCUCAAAAGGAAAUCGAUGUUGGAGCUGUAUCAAACGUAGGUCACAACAAACAAGGCAGUUUAGGCGUUGGCAUAAAUCUAGGGUUGGACGCGGAUGUCAACGUUGGAAAGAAAGUUAACGUUGAUGCUGGAUCGAAUCUAAAUCAUCAAGGUGGUUUGAUCGUGACCGUCGGUGGUGGAUCGGAUGCAUCCGCUGAUGUUGAUACCCAAAAAAAAGUAAUUAUUGUUGGUGGAUCAAACUUAGGUCACGAUGGUGGUAUUGGUGUUCACAAAAGUCAUGGAUACGUGGACAUUAAUGUUGGGAAAAGUGUUGAUGCUGGAUCAAAUGUUGGAUCAAAAAUUGCACUCGAGAUUGGCAAAGGUAUUAAAAAAGGUGUCGAAGCUGGAGUAACUGCUGGAAUCGAAGCAGGAAACGCCAUCAAUAAAGGUGUGACGACAGGAAUCAACGUAGGUAUUGAAACAGGAAAAAAUAUAGGCUCCCAUAUCCAUAAUGGUGUCACAGGAAUGCUAGGACUUGCUCUUGGAUUGGGUGGUCAUUUGGGUCUUGGAAAAGGUAAAUCUGUCCAAGUCGGAGGUCAAAAAGAAGGAGGAAUCGUUAUUGAACCAAAUGCCGAAAUUGGUGUACAGAAAAAUAUUAAUACUGAUACUAAAGCUACCUCAUCUGUGAAUAUUGAAGGUAAACCAACCAUAAAUCAUGGCGGCUCAAUAGGCGGUGGACUUGGCGUUAAUUCUCACACGCAAGGUGGAGAUACUGGUUAUCUCGGUGGUCAUAAACAAGGUGGUUUAUUAGGUGGACUCAAUUUUGGAACUGGUGUUUCUAGUAAUGUCCACCUAGAAAAAAGUGGACACAUUGGAGGACAAGGUGGUGGACAAGCCCAAAUAGAAGGCCAAGGAAAAGGUGGUUUUAAGAAAGGUAUAGAAGCUGCUUUCAAUCUAGGCGGUAAAUUUUUCGGUCUUAAUGGUGGUUUAAGGUUUGGUAUCAAUUAA